AUGAGUCUAAUAGAGGUUAUGCGAAAGAAGCGGAUGUCAGAAGCAGUGGCCAAGUACUUGACCACACUUGUUAAGGAUAAGAGGAUUCAAGACAAACUCGCGAAGUUUUUUGUCGUCAUCUUUAGACGUCUCAAGGUUGAUCCGCACGUCGUAGCCUAUGCUCUGUGCCUCCUGGCACGAAUACAAUACAACAAGACCAAUUCCCUCUCGUCACAGAAUGUAAAGCGGUACUUUUUCACCGCAAUGCUUCUCGCUUAUAAUAUGCUAACAGAUACUCCAUAUGACCUCCCGUCGUGGAGCAUAAUCGUCGAGGAAUCGUAUUCUGUAGAUGAAAUACAGCUUAUGGAGACAACCUAUCUGGACAUAAUACAAUGGAAUACGCACGUUUACAAUGUCGAUGUUUCGAGAAUGCUUUACACGUUGAUUGGCCUCUACAAUCAAGACAUACAAUUGGGUGAUCAGGUUCCCGUUCCAGCUGAGGUCACGCAGGCUUUGCAAUAG